AUGUCCGACCAAAUACCCAUUCAUAUUCAAGAGGAAAUCAUCAAAAGGCUUUCUGUCAAACCAUUGCUUCAGUUUAGAUCGGUCUCAAAAGCAUGGAAGUCUUUGAUCGACAGCUCCGAGUUUAUUGCUGCUCACAGUAGCCAUCACACUCAUCCGCAACAUCUACUUGUAAGGUAUCAAGAUCGGGUAAACUCUAAGAAACAAUAUGUUUCUUUUGUUGACGAUGAAACUUUCCCGAAACAUAGGUUUGUUUUAACUUCUCCCUUCUCCGUUCAAAUACUUAUUCUUCCAAGACACGUCGGUAGCUCUCACGGCUUGUUGUGUUUGUACGAUGGUUAUCUGGCUGUUCUAUGGAACCCGUCGAUUAGAAAAUCGAUUGCAGUUCCUGUGCCUAAUGAGAAGUAUGUACACCACGAAACGGUUGUUGGUUUUGGGGUUUGUCCUGUCACUAUUGAUCCUAAGAUCAUCAAGAUUACACAAUUUAGUUCGUGGUACUGGAAUGAAAGGGAAAUUAACCACCCUUUGAAGGUUGAAGUUUAUAAGAUGAGUUCUGGGAAAUGGAAAAGUCUAUCUCUAUCUAGCAAUUUGCCGAGUAAGUCGUUUCGAGUUAGAGGGUCUCAGGUAGUUAUUGAUAGGUUUAUCUACUGGUGUGCUUUGCGCUAUGUGUCCAUAAAUGGUAUGUUAUGCACACGUAAUGUGAUUAUGUCUUUUAAUGUGAGUAAUGAGAAUAUGGGAGUUGUAGACCUCCCCGAAUGUUUAGCUUCAGCCUACCCAUACAACACAUGGUUGUCCAUUUAUAAGCUAAGGGAGUCUCUUGCCUUGCAUGAAUAUAGUAACGGGGUUUGUGUUGUAUGGGUGAUGGAAUCUGGUGUUGUAAAUAAUUUUACAAGGCUAUACACCAUUAGGGCAUCACAUGGGUCAAAAAUGAUAUUGGGGUUUAGAGAAAGUGGCAAACCUAUAAUGGAAGUGAAAGAUCAUCUUAUUGCACGUGGUACACUUGUUGUCUAUGAUCCAAACUUAGAAAAAUUCAAUGAUCUUGAGAUUUGUGGAACAGGUGAUUUUUUGUUUGUGAAUUCAUACAUGGAAACUCUACUUUUGCAUGAUCGGUCGGAUUGUAGUAGCAAUUGA